AUGACAACUGAAGCCUGGACAACUGGUUUUGAAAUGUCUGGAGAUUAUGAGCUGGGAGAUUUAUGCCAACAUCUGAAGCUGCCCUACGCUCAUGUCUACAUUCCCAUCCUCUACUUCUUUGUUUUUUUCAUCGGCUUCAUUGGCAACCUCUUUGUGAUUGUGCUGAUGGCCAUGAAGAAGGGCAACAAGAGGAUGGUGGAUAACUUUGUCCUGAAUCUGGCUGUAGCUGACCUGGUCUUCGUCUGCACCCUGCCUUUCUGGGCACUGUCAGCAGCUCAUAAUAAUCACUGGUACUUCGGAGAAAGUCUAUGCAAGGUCAGCAGCUACAUCAUCUCUGUGAACCGCUGUUCCAGCAUCCUAUUCUUAACGGGCAUGGGCGUGGAACGUUACCUGGUGGUCACGAAACGUGUGCGCUCCAAGUCCUCCGUGACUAAGAAAUGUAUCUUCACCACCUGUGGCUGCAUUUGGGCUGUCUCUCUCCUUCUGGGCAUCCCAUCUCUGCUGUACAGGAAGCUCAACGCCUCUGAUAAAUUUUGUCAGGAUGAGGACUCUUCCGCUUACCAGAAGUAUAGCCUGGCUUUGCUCAUCUUGACCUUUCUCCUACCCUUAGGGGUCAUCUUGUUCUGCUAUUGUUCCAUCUGCAACAAGCUGCUGAGCCACAUCAGUGUGGGAAAGGGGACAAAGAACUCCCUCAAGAUCAUCUUCACCAUCAUCAGCACCUUCAUCUGCUUCUGGCUGCCCUUCAAUGCCUUUAAAGCAUUCCUCAUUCUCUCUAGUCCUUCAGAGCUCGACCAAGAAGCAUCACUCUCUUGCUCAGCACAGAUUGCUGUCAAAUGGGGUCUGAGCCUUAGUACUUACUUGGCUUUCAUGAACAGUUGCAUCAAUCCCAUCAUCUAUGCCUUUAUGGAUCACCACUUCCGUCGCCGGGUGCAGCUACACUGUUUCCGCUUCUUGGGCGUGUCCCAGAAGACAACCCAGAACUGGGUCUUCUCUUCAUCUGCUGCUGAGUCCAGCCUCAU